UGUUUUGUCCAUCUGAGAUGCCUUAGAUGAUGCCCAUUAAUACUGCAAUGGCAAUUGGGGCUCUUUCUAGUUCUCUUCUUGUGACAUGCUGCCUGAUGGUUUCUCUGUGUAAUUCUACUACACCAUUGCAAAAACUAUCCAAGGCUCAAGACAAGCAGGAGAUAAAAACAAGUGAGGAAAAAAAAUAUCAAUCAUUAGCCCAGGAAAGACAGAAUCAUGGACCAGGGAAAAUGAAUGAAAUGACUAUGAAUGGAAGAGAAGAAGGCACUAGGGACUGGAAAAACAAAGGCAACAGAAAUUACUCUAAUAAAGAAUCUUGGACAAAGCAAAAACAGGUUAUGAAUAUUCAAGCAACAAAUAAGUUUGGGAACCUCGAAACUCAUAAUCAGAUCAAAGGUAUUCAAGAGGAACUUCCUGCUGCUGAAGAUUUCUCCCUCUUAGAUAUUAUUGCUGACACUACAUCCGAACCCCCAGAGGAAUAUAUUUAUCCAGACUACCGUGGAAAAGGCUGUGUGGAUGAGAGUGGCUUUGUUUAUGCAAUUGGGGAGAGGUUUACUCCAGGACCCUCUGCAUGCCCUUGUCUCUGUACUGAAGAAGGCCCGUUGUGCAUUCAGCCAGAAUGCCCUAGACUCCACCCUCGCUGUAUUCAUGUUGACACUACUCAAUGCUGUCCACAGUGCAAAGAACGUAAAAAUUAUUGUGAUUUCCGUGGGAUAAUCUACCAGACACUGGAAGAAUUCAUGGUAAGGCAACACUGAUUGU